AUUUGGAACCACUUUUAAGGCUAUUAUGGAAAUGGGGUUUAGUGUGGCUGUGAAGAGGUUGAAGGAUGUUGUCUCAACAGAAAAAGAAUUCCGAGAAAAAAUUGAAGAAGUGGGGAAGAUGAUUCAUGAGAACUUGGUCCCACUCAGAGGUUAUUCUUUUCGCAGGGAUGAAAAGCUCAUUGUUUAUGAUUAUAUGCCCAUGGGAAGCUUAUCUGCACUCUUACAUUCAAAUAAUGGAGCUGGGAGGACUCUACUGAGUUGGGAAACAAGGUCUUCCAUUGCCCUUGGUGCUGCUCGUGGGAUUGCGUACCUACAUUCACAUGGCCAAACAACCUCUCAUGGAAAUAUCAAGUCGUCAAACAUCCUUCUCAUGGAAUAA